GCCGCUCCCUCGGAUCUCAAGGGCGGUGCAAGAGAGUCUGUUUGUUGCAAAAUUGCACAUGCAACCACAUCUGAUGUUUUUCUGCAGAACCUGGAUUGCCUUUCUUUGAGAUUUUAAGCAGGAAUGAAAAUGUGAGCUGGGUUUUGGGCAGAAAACGAAAAGGAGCUUCAUUUGACCAUAGUGAGCAUGCUCCAAGGCUUAUGAGCAUGUUCAGAUGCACAGGCAAGGGUUUCUUGAGGCUGGAGUAGGGAAAACCACCAGCGCUGUCGCUACAGGGGCUUGAGCUGCGGAAGUGGGCUGUGAAAGAAGAGCGAGAGUGUCCGUCCCCUGCAGCUGCUCCCUUGGAUCCGGAGGGCGGUGCAAGGCUCAACAGCAGCGCUGCAGGAAACCUUGCACGUCCUUUGACCCGCACACUGAACCUGCGCCUGCGCCCAGCCCGGGAGCCUCGUUACUGCUCGCGGAGCGCUUUGCAUCAAGAGGAAGUGGUCCCUCGACUUACGAACUACUCGACAUCUGAAGUUUUCGACUUACGAACGACAAAAAUGACCAGAAGUCGUUGCCGGUUUAGAUGCGGCUUCCUCGACUUACGAAUUUUUAGAUGCGGUUUCCUCGACUUACGAAUGUUUCCAGACCUCCGUGGUGUGCUUUUCGACUUAUGAAAAUUUCGACCUACGAACGUGUGUUCGGAACGGAUUAACUUCGUUCUGACCAGUUUUCUCUCUUCACUGCAGCACAUGACAAUUGGAAGAUGAAAAAUGGGGGGGAACCCAGCAGAGGAUUGUUAGGAGGUGACAGAUGGAAAAAGAGAAACCAGAAGAGACUGAAACCUGGAGCAGAAGGGAAGAGCAGGAGUGGAUCACCUGCUUCUCAGCAGGAAAUCCAAAAUGUAAUGAAUCAAGAAAGAGAGAAAAGCCUGUGCCCUCCUCGUAGGAAAGGCUUGAGUCCUGAGCCAAGCUUUGAACCUCAUUGGGAAAUGCACACAGAGAAGAAAAUAUGUGAGAGUUUCGGGUGUGGAAAUGACUUCAGCAGGGCUGGAGCUCUUACUCUGAAUCAUAGAACCUGCACUGAGGAGAAAACACAUAUAUGCUCUGUGUGUGGAAAGAGCUUCAGUCAGUAUGGAGAUCUUACAUUACACCAAAGAAGCCACACUAGAGAGAAACCACACAAAUGGCUGGAGCGUGGAAAGAGCUUCAGCAAUAGUAGAGAUCUUACUGUACACCAUAGAAGCCACACUGGGGAGAAACCAUAUGAAUGUCUGGAGUGUGGAAAGAGGUUCAGCAGUAAUAGAGAUCUUACAUUACACCAUAGAAUCCACACUGGGGAGAAACCAUAUGAAUGCUUGGAGUGUGGAAAGAGGUUCAGCCAGAGCGGACAUCUUACAUUACACCAUAGAAGCCACACUGGGGAGAAACCAUAUGAAUGCUUGGAGUGUGGGAAGCACUUCAGCAGAAGUGGACAACUUACUGUACACCAUAGAACCCACACUGGGGAGAAACCAUAUGAAUGCUUGAAAUGUGGAAAGAGGUUCAGCAGUAAUAGAGAUCUUACUGUACACCACAGAAGCCACACUGGGGAGAAACCAUAUGAAUGCUUUGAGUGUGGAAAGAAGUUCAGCAGUAAUAGAGCUCUUACAUUACACCAUAGAAGCCACACUGGGGAGAAACCAUAUGAAUGCAUGGAGUGUGGAAAGAGGUUCAGCCAGAGUGCACAUCUUACAUUACACCAUAGAAGCCACACUGGGGAGAAACCAUAUGAAUGCUUGGAGUGUGGAAAGAGGUUCAGCAGUAACAGAGCUCUUACAUUACACCAUAGAAGCCACACUGGGGAGAAACCAUAUGAAUGCUUGGAGUGUGGAAAGAGGUUCAGCCAGAGUGGACAUCUUACACUCCACCAUAGAAGCCACACCGGGGAGAAACCAUAUGAAUGCUUUGACUGUGGGAAGAGAUUCAGCCAGAGUGGAGAUCUUACAUUACACCAUAGAAUCCACACUGGGGAGAAACCAUAUGAAUGCUUGGAGUGUGGAAAGAGGUUCAGCCAGAGUGGACAUCUUACAUUACACCAUAGAAGCCACACUUUGGAGAAACCAUAUGAAUGCUUGGAGUGUGGGAAGCGCUUCAGCAGUAGUGGAAAACUUACUGUACACCAUAGAACCCACACUGGGGAGAAACCAUACGAAUGCUUGGAGUGUGGAAAGAAGUUCAGCUGGAGUGGAGAUAUUACAUUACACCACAGAAGCCACACUGGGGAGAAACCAUAUGAAUGUUUUGAGUGUGGAAAGAAGUUCCGCAGUAGUAAAAAACUUACUGUACACCAUAGAAGCCACACUGGGGAGAAACCAUAUGAAUGCAUGGAGUGUGGAAGGAAGUUCAGCCAGAGUGGAGAUCUUACAUUACACCAUAGAAGCCACACUUUGGAGAAACCAUAUGAAUGCUUGGAGUGUGGGAAGCGCUUCAGCAGUAGUGGAAAACUUACUGUACACCAUAGAAGCCACACUGGGGAGAAACCAUAUGAAUGCCUGGAGUGUGGAAAGAGGUUCAGCAGUAAUAGAGAUCUUACAUUACACCAUAGAAGUCACACUGGGGAGAAACCAUAUGAAUGCUUGGAGUGUGGAAAGAGGUUCAGCAGUAAUAGAGCUCUUACAUUACACCAUAGAACCCACACUGGGGAGAAACCAUAUGAAUGCCUGGAAUGUGGAAAGAGCUUCAGUCGGAGUGCAUAUCUUAAACGACAUCAUAGAACACACACUGGGGAGAAACCAUAUAAAUGCUUGGAGUGUGGGAAGAGCUUCAGCCAGAGUGCACAUCUUACAUUACACCAUAGAACCCAUACUGGGGAGAAACCACACAGAUGUCAGGAAUGUGGGAAGAGCUUCAGCCAGAGUGGACAUCUUAAACAACAUCAUAGAACCCACACUGUGUAGAAACCAUAUGAAUGCUUGGAGUGUUGAAAAACGUUCAGCCAGAGUGGACAUCUUAAACAACAUCAUAGAAACCAAACUGGGGAGAAACCAUAUAAAUACUUUCAGAGUGCUAUGAGCUUCAGCUAGAGUGGAUAAAAAUCAAUGAUUUAAAAAAUAAAUAAAAGAAAUUCAAUUUUAUAAAUUUAAAUCAGUUUUUUUUUAAAAAAAUUCUUUUUAGUGGAAAAAUCUAUCUCUAGAUGGUUUUCUAUAUUGUAUGUUAUAGUCCCAAGAUUAUUGAUCAUGAAAUAAGGAUUCAUUUUUAAUUAUGUAGCAUGAGUCUGUAUAUGUGCAAUGUUUAAAUUUUUUGGUAAAUGAACUCCUUAAUCCAUUCACAAUGUUAUGCUCUGUAGGAUUAUUUUGUGCAGUUUCUCUGUCUAGAAGAUAUCAACACAGAUCCUUGGUUUUGCAAUUCUCAAAACUGACUUUGUGUCUGCAGAGAAAACAUGCCUCUUCUUCACAGCAAAAAUUUUAUAAAAUAAACAAAUACAGAGUUGAGAAAAAGACCUCUUAAUCCAAUUGUUCCUUUGCAAAUCUAUUUAAAUUGUUAUUAAAGUAACUGUGUAUACAGUAUCUGAAGGUAUUAAUGUUUUAUGUAGUUUAUGUUUUAUGUAUUUUAUCUAUUUUACGUAUUUACUCCUUUCUUUUUCUUUUUGUAUUUAUGCUGGCCUUGGGCCGAAAUGAACAAAUACAAUACAAUAC